CUUCGCCGACUGGUUCCGGCACAGCGUCGAUUGCGACGAGAGCCUUUACAUGUCCCAGCAGCAGCAUACGUACGCGAGCAAGCUCAUCGUACACAUCCUUGCAGCUGCAGUUUCACUCACCCUCAUCACGGACACCCGGCACGGCAAGUGGACGCACUUCGCCAUGGAUUAUGGAGAUACCUCAGGCAGUGGUGGCGGCAUCCCGCUCGACACGUUCAACAAGAACACGCCACCAGGAUGGCGGCCAGGCAACGGCAAGUAA